AUGGCUUCCGACUUGCACGGUAAACCGGCCCGGCCCGGCUACCAACAUCAACAGCUCCAUGGCUUUAAUGGUGCCACAGGACCGCCCCCCUCAACCCUCGCCGCCCAACUCGUCGAGAACAUUUCAACAACAGCCUCCAAAUCCUCCCGACCCGACGAGACCACCGAGCUAAAGCGCCUAUUUGCCGCCAUCGAGAAGGUCAAGAAUGACCCGGGCUCCCUCAAGUCCCACGAAGAGCGCGUCGAGCACAAUCAUCUGCUCGUCUACGUCUGCGGCGGCGUCUUCCUCGAGAAGCUGAAAUUGGACGAUGCGUUUACCGACCGGGAAAGGCUCCGAGCCGACGCGCUCAAGGCGGUCAACUUCUUGUGGGUGACCAUCAAGGAGACGCCGACGGUGUUGAAGCGCACGACCGACGGCAAGGCCUAUCUGGGCAGGGGUUCGGAGCCGCUCUGGGUGUGGAUCUUGCCCAAGUUGCUGCGCAUGCUGGGGCAUCGGCGGUGUAUUGGCAUGUCGAAGGAGAUUGAGCAGUUGUGUCAGCGUGUGUUGCUGCUGGCUGCGGGGAAUACUGGGUUGUGGGAUUUGGGGAAUGCGUUGAUGGAGUAUUUCAGGGCGAACCUAAGUGCUAUCAUUGCGAGUUUGAAAUCCAGGACCCCGUUUUCGCGCGAGACUCCCUUUGAGAUAAAGCUGCCACCGAAGGCUCUCCUCGAUACCCUACCCCAGGGUGCACCCCGCGGAUGCACCCUCACACUUCGGGACGCCGAGCACGCCAUUCGUCAUGCCUUAGGUAUACUGGAAAUAAUUAAGGGCGUGGUAUACAAACCAGAUGCCCAGGCUUCUUUACUUUACGGCCAGAAUCUAGUUUGGCUCCUGGACACCUUACAGCCGCUGAGCUCGAUCCUACUUAGCUGGCCAACGUCCCUUGGGAUUGGCUUGGAUCCGAUCCUUCAAAUCGCCAUAGACUUGGCAGACUCUCACAGUGACUCCCAGGGGUCAGAAUCAAUACUCUACCACAAAGCCAGCGCAGCUUUGGUCUUGUUAGUCACCCUGCUAACCAUACCUCAGCGAUCUGUUCACCUUCUAACCGAGGUAACAGCCAACUAUCCACUUGAAAGCCGCAGCGAGGAGACUCGGCCGGCUAUGUUCAUGGAUCCCGAGCUCGGCCUUCAGCUUCAGAGACUAGCGCUUCGGCCGAAUAAUGAUGGGCCCGGCAACCCGGUUGCUAAACGGAAAAGAUUGAAUGAUGACGAACCACCAUUGUUUCUCGAGCUUAGGACUCAACUGUGCCGGCUGGCAACCCGCGAUCCUGACACCCCAAUAGAUGAAUUGGAACCUACUAUAAUUGACCAGUUCCCGGCGAUGGAUGAAGAGGACCAGUGCUACCUCAUCGACCUCGUUUGUCGUAUACCCUGUGCCGCUGACCACACGUUGAAGCUCGGGAGGGCAAAGCAAUCAGCGCUACCCGCAUUCCUGUGUUCCUUUUGCUCGGAGGCUAAGUUGACCGACUUGCCGGCUGCACCCCGACUCGAACAAUUACAUGCUAUUGGAAUCUCGAUAUUUAGUAGCAUCAUCAAGCUUCCGAGCUUCUUAGAAUCCCGGCGACUUCGAGUAUCUGCUAUGAUUGUCCUCCGACGUCUUGCAAAGCACUCGACAGACAGCGGGCUCUGGGACUUGGAGAAAUCCGGUCCUGGGCAAUGGUGUCUCCAGUCGUUACAAAGUUCCAUCCGAGAACUGCGCAUUGCUGCUGGACGAGCCCUCGCUGUUUUCAUCUCGGAACCACUCACGCCGGGAUUCGACUGGGAAAUCCUGAGGCGGAACAGGGCCAACGCAUUAAGUAUACUCAAGUCAGUCUCCGACAAGGGCGCCGCAAAUUUGCAUGAAACGUGCAUCAUGGCUUGGGCCCAGGUCGGCAAGGUCGUGUCCGUUGAUGAGCUCAACCUUGCCGUCAUCACGCUGGUGGAGUAUCUAGGACACCGCAGCAUAAUCGUGUCAGGCCUCGCUUUCAAUGAGAUUCUAAAUCUCGCCGAGUUCCGGGGAGAAACUCCGGCACAGCUGUUCCAGCAUUUCUGGGCAAACCUAGCGUUCUCUGUUGUCAAGGACCUGGUAUCCAAGCCGCAGACGGCACAGCUGGUUGCCGACCUGAUGCAGAUGAGUGUCUCUGACCUCCUGCUCACAAUACAGAAACAUGCCCUGCCCUGGCUGGUCCUUACCAAGAAACGGGAGGUUAUACAAAAGAUCACUGAGGCACGGGGUGAUACCGAAACCUGGGAGGCGUGUAUGGAUGCAGGUAACCUGCCAUCAAUCCUGGCGCUCCUCCUUGUGCAGGAUGCUCCUGACAUCGCCUCUCAUACCAUGUCCUUACUUGGACACGUCUCCCCUCACGUGGACAGGUUUGAGCUGGUGGAAUUGCUACGAACAGAUCCCCUCCCUAUUGCCCUGGAGCUUCUCAAGGCCAGUGCUGGUGCGAAUGACGCUCGAAAGGCGCGAGUUCGAGCCGCGCUGACCACGAUGGCGACACUCCUUUUGGCGGACCAGAAAGAUAAGCGGAAGAAGACACAGAUUGUAGGACGCUAUCUGCAACAGCAUGCACUCGGCUUGACAGCACGGUUGAGUGAGGUUAUCAAUGAUACCUGGCUCUCAACUCCUCCAAUUUCGGAGCAGCAGCGGUGCCUCGGGGCUAUGGAAGAGAUGAUAAGGAUAUGCAACACCUUCGUGUGUAUUGCUCGUCCGCAGAUCUCGGCUUGCCUCCUCUCUGCUCUGGCAUCCGAGGAACUGCGCUCUGCCGCCUUCUCCUGCUGGGAAGUCAUGCUCACUCACAUGGAAGCGGCGGACGUGGAGGCACUGAUCGAGACCACCUUCUUCGUCAUCGGGUCUUACUGGAAGUCCUUCGACAAGCUAACCAAGAAGAAAUCCGAGCUUUUGAUCUGGAAGCUACUGGAAGAUCAUAACCGCAUCUUGGCCGACCACGUUUAUCAGCUGCCCUCGCUGAACCACGUAGACGAUCUUGCAGAGGUUUGCAAAGAGUUGGACAAUCUUCGGGGGCCUUUGGAUAACCGGGCAGCAUUUGCUGUCUUCGCCAAGCGAUUGGAACAUGAGAACCCUGGAGUGGUGGAACAGGCACUGGUUGAGCUGAUUGCAUUCCUCGACAAGAACCAGGACUACCUCCAAACCUCGGCCAUCAGCGAGCAACCAGACCCGGUUGUCACCGAACUUAUGCGCUCCUUGCUGGACUGCUCCGCAAAAUACAAUGGCUGGCAUCUUGAUGUUACCCGACUCUGCGCCCAGGCGGCUGGUCUUGUUGUCUGUGUAGAUUCGAAUCGUCUGGAGGCGGUUCGCGAGCAGAGCCAAUUCGUUGAAGUUCGCAAUUUCGACGACGCUUCCGAGACCACCGAUUUUGUCGCCUUCAUGCUCGAGAACGUACUCGUCAAAGCCUUCCUAUCAACUGCCGACACUAAGUUUCAAGGGUUCCUCUCCUACGCGAUGCAGGAGCUCCUCCUAAGAACCGACUUCAACUACGCUCACCUCCAGCAAAGCCAAGGCGGCGUUAAUGAGGCGAUCUACAGAAAGUGGCUUACCUUUUCGGAGAACACACGGGAAGUGCUGACGCCGUUCUUAUCGUCGCGAUUCGGAGUGGCUCCUAUGGUGCAGCAGCCGACCGAGUAUCCCAUAUUCAAACCCGGGCGGUCAUAUGCCUUCUGGCUGAGAGCCCUCGUUCUUGAUCUCCUCCGGAACGCCCAAAACAUCAAUAGUGAAGCUGUUUUCGAGCCACUGUGCCGGCUGAUCAAGGUUAAGGACCUCACCGUAACUGAGUUCCUGCUGCCGUAUGUGGUUCUGCAUGUCAUUGUGGGCCAGGAGAGGACGAAUGACUUCAGGAAAAAGAUCUCGGCUGAGCUGGUGGCAAUGUUGAAGUACCAGCCCCCGGAGACUGCUUCGUAUGUGGAAAAAGAAGAGGCGAAGUUAUUCUACCAGAUCAGCAAGCCCUUAACCACCGCAAAGCCGGACGAUGGACGGCAGCGCAGACAUGAUGUUUUGCUCAACUAUGUCGAAGGCAUGAGCCUAAAUAACAUAAACAGGAUCGCACCAUUCGCCGUCGAAGCUUCAUGGGCCACCAGCAGAUGGAAAACCGUCCAGAAGUAUCUCCAGCUGUACAGCGGGGGAGACGUCUCAGAGGUGUUCAAUCUCGGCGUCGGGCAAGCCCUGCUCUGCCUCAAGAAUGGAAACAUCGACAAGUUCAAGGAGCAUAUCCAAAUGCUACGGGACAAGGUGGCUGGUUCCAUGACAUACUCGACGACUGCCUCGCUGCGCGCUUCUCAUGAUGCCAUGCUCAGGUGUCACGUUUUGAGUGACCUGGAGAUGAUCGCCAACGAAAAUCUUAAGGGAGACGGCGAUCAGCAGGACGUUAUUAUGAACCUGGACAGACGGCUCGAGGUACUCGGGGCGCGCGUGGGUGAUAAACAGUAUCUGCUCGGGAUCAGGAGAGCGGCAAUGGAGUUGAUGCGCGCGCGGCUGGCGAGAAAAGCCGGGUCCAUGCAUCAGUCCUUCAACGCUGUGCUGCAUGCGCAGCAGCUUGGAGACGGCUCCGCUAUCAUCGAGAACGCCCGGCUGUUUUACAAGGAUGGGCACCAUCGCAAGGCGAUUCAGACCUUGCAACUCGCCAUCUCCACCAACUCCUUUAUCAAUGUCAGUUCCUUCAGCACCAGCGUGCCGCCAACCUCAAGCAAAGGGCCAGCGGCACAGCGCAAUCUCUUAACGGCAAGAGCCCACCUCCUCCUUGCAAAGUGGCUCGACUCAACGGGUCAAACAAAUGCCGGAGCACUUCGGUCACGAUACCAGCAAGCAGCAAAAACACACUCCAAGUGGGAGAAGGGCCAUUACUAUCUUGGCCGCCACUACAAGAAGGUUUUGGAGUCGGAGAAGGCUCUCAAACCAGACGACCAGACGGACUCGUACCUGAGCGGCGAGACCGCGAAGCUGGUCAUCGAGAACUACCUUCGCUCUCUCAUUUACGGGACAAAGUAUCUCUCUCAAACCUUGCCGCGCAUUUUAACGUUGUUCCUUGAACUGGGCGCUCAGGUUCAAGUCGACAAAGCCGCCGACGGCAAAAUAUCAAUAUCUCGGGAGCUGCAAAUGCGCAAGAAGGCCAUCUUUCACGACCUAUGCAAGAGCUUCAUGAAAAACAUAAUCCGACUGCCAGCAUACGUAUUCUACACAUCUCUACCGCAAAUUGUGGCAAGAAUAGCGCAUCCUAAUCUGGAUGUGUUCAAGGUGCUGGAGUCGAUGAUUCUCAAAGUGGUGGAGGCGCAUCCCCAACAGUCCAUAUGGAGUCUGUUCCCACUUAUGGCGUCAAGACAGACUAGCGAACGCCGAACCAGAGGACUCCAGAUCUUACAGGCUGCUCGUAACCUCGGAAAGAAGGCACAUGGUUCGUCUCACGAUCUCAGAUCGUUACUGAAAAUGGGCGAGAAGCUGGCCGAACAACUCUUACUGGCCUGCAAGAACGGCGAUUUCCCGAAUAGCAGGACGACCACGGCGAGCAUUACGAGAGAUCUCAACUUCAACCACCAAUGCACUCCCUGUCCGCUAGUGGUGCCGAUCGAGGCCUUUUUGACUGCGGCGCUACCAACACUCACAGAUACCUCCCGGAAACACAAGGCAUUCUCCAGGGAUGUAGUUACCAUCAGGGGUUUCCUUGACCAUGUCCUAGUACUCGGGUCCUUGGCAAAACCACGCAAGCUCACGGCAUGCGGGUCUGAUGGCAAGCAGUACGGCCUGCUGGUCAAGCCCAAAGACGAUCUCCGCACUGACCAGCGGCUGAUGGAGUUCAACACUCUCAUCAACCGUUCCCUCAAGCGGGAUGCCGAAUCCAGCAGGCGUCAACUCUACAUCCGCACGUAUGCCGUUACGCCGCUCAACGAGGAGUGCGGUAUCAUUGAGUGGGUGGACGGGCUCAAGACGCUGCGUGACAUCUUGCUCGCCAUCUACAAAUCGCGCGGCAUCGUACCUAAUUACCAGGAGCUCCAGAUCAAAAUGAACCAGGCUGCCGCAUCGCCCUCAAACAUCCACAUCUUCACCGACGAUAUCCUAGGCAAGUUCCCGGCGGUCUUGCCCGAGUGGUUCAUCGCGCAGUUCCCCAACCCAUCGGCGUGGUUCGCCGCGCGGCUCAAGUACACGCGCUCCUGCGCGGUCAUGUCCAUGGUCGGCACGAUCCUGGGGCUGGGCGACAGGCACGGGGAGAACGUGCUCCUCGAAGAGGGCAACGGCGGCAUCUUCCACGUCGACUUCAACUGCAUGUUCGACAAGGGCAUGACGUUCCCGCAGCCCGAGUGCGUGCCGUUCCGGCUGACGCACAACAUGGAGGCGGCUAUGGGCAUCUACCGGACCGAGGGCCCGUUCCGCCGCUGCAGCGAGCUGACGCUGCGCAUCCUCCGGCAGCAAGAAGAAACGCUCAUGACCAUCCUCGAGGCCUUCAUCUACGACCCCACGCUCGACCUGCAGCGCACCAAGCGCCACCACGAGGGAACCAAGGUCAAGCUCAACCCGACGAGCGCCGUCGAGAGCAUCCGCCGCAAGGUUACGGGCCUGCUGCCUAAGGAGAGCAUCCCGCUUGGAAAGGCCAAUUCAUCGUCAAGUGGAUUUACUAUUGAGAUGUCGUAUCGCAUUGAAAUCUCGCCCAACAACCGGGCCGGCUGCAAAGUUGUAGCCUGCAAGGAUGAAGGCAAGAAGAUCAUGAAGGGCGAGAUCCGCAUGGGCACCUGGGUCACCAUCCAGGAACAUGGCAGUUGGCAAUGGAGACACUGGGGUUGUGUCUCGGGAGAGCAGGUCGUGAACAUGCAGAACGGAAUUGGCAAGGACUCUGAUGGCGAGUACAGAUGGGAUGCUAUUGACGGCUGGGAGGAUCUCGAGGAUCAUCCUGAUGUGCGGGAGAAAAUUCAGCGCGUCAUUACCCAGGGCCAUAUCGAUCCUGAGGACUUUAAUGGAGAUCCCGAUAUGAACGUACCCGGCCAAAAGGGCAUCCACCGGCGCAAGAAGAAGAAGGCCAAGGCCGACGACGAAGAAGACGAUGAACCGGAGAAGCCCAAAAAGGCGGCUGCAAAGCGUGGCCGCGCGGAAAAGGCCGCGGACGAUGAUGAAGAAGCCGACGAACCGGAAAAGCCCAAAAAGGCAGCCACGAAGCGCAGCCGCGCAAAGAAGGCUGAGGCCGACGACGAGGAAGCUGACGAACUGGAGCCCCCCGCGAAGAAAACGAAGCGAGCCACCAAGAAGGAAGCUGAACCUGAAUCGACUCCAGAGAAGUCCAAGAAAGCAGCGAAGGGUAAACGUGGAGCCAAGGCUGCUGCGGCUGUUAAAGAGCAGAGUGAGGCUGAGGAGGAACCCGAACCCACCCCGGAACAACCUAAGAAAGCGGCGAAGGGCAAGCGUGCCACCAAAGCCGCUGCGGUUGCCAAGGAGGAGAGCGACGCCGAGGAAGAACCCGAACCGACUUCGGAGAAGCCCAAGAAAGCGGCCAGAGCCAAGCGCGGUUCCAAGGCGGCUGUCAAAGACGAAGUCGACGAAGAGCCGGAGCCGAAGUCUGAGCCGCCUAAGAAGAGAACCGCGCGGGCUAAGAAGGUGAAGCAGCCCUCGCCGGAGCCGGAAUCUGAGCCGCAGUCGGAAGCUGACUCUGGGCCAAUGUCUGCCCCUGAAUCUGAGACCGACGAGGAAGAGGAGGAGGAGGAAGAGUCCGCCCCGGCCAAGAAGCCUCAGAGAGGUCGUAAGGCUACCGCGAAGAAAGCUGCCCCUGCUCCGAAGAAGCGCAGUAGAAAGGCGUGA